AUGGUAGAUGCUGUUAAGCACUUCUUUGUAUAUGGAGUUUUACCUGAAAUUGUAGGGAAGUGGUACACAAGGAAGCCUGUUGCCAAUUCUCAAGGAACAGUGUCCACCCCUUCUGCUACGCCGACCGGUGUCUUGAGCCUUGUAGAGGACUCUCAGAACCAUGAAGACUUAUCUAUGUUGCUGUGCUACUGCAAUGAACCUGUCUUUGGUGACAUGAUUAUGUGCGACAAUGUGAAAUGUCCAAUCAAAUGGUUCCGUUUUGAUUGUCUCAGAAUAAGGCAAGCACCCAAAGGUAAGUGGUACUGUCCUUCAUGUCGGAAGCUUGUCAAUUCAGCAGAAAACGAACAAAGAAAGCUUCAAGCAUAG